AUGGCUUUUUCACGGCUCAUUGCCGUUCUUUCCUUCCUGUCGCUCGCUUUAUUCUCGUCGGCCGCCCUUCCAUCCUCAACAACAUCACUUAAUGCACGCGCCGCCGAUCCAGUCAAGUUCGAGGUGACCUUGACAUGGGAAGACCACUCACCAAAUGGAGGAACUCCGCGCAAGAUGAUUCUGACAAACGGCACAUUCCCUGGUCCGCCAUUGAAGUUGACGGUCGGCGAGUCGGUAGAGUUCCUCGUCCACAAUGAACUUCCCGACCCGACCACCGUCCAUUUCCACGGUAUUGUGCAACAAGGUACACCAUGGUCCGAUGGUGUCCCAGGUCUGACGCAAAAGGCUAUCGCGCCUGGCAAGUCAUAUCUCUACAAAUGGACGGCAGACGCUGCUGGCGUUUACUUCUACCACUCCCAUUACCGCUCCCAGAUAAUGGACGGCUUGUACGGCGCCAUCAUCAUCUCCCCCAAGUCCGACUCCGACAAACCCUUCUCACUGAUCAGCAACGACACUGCGGCAAUCAAGGCCAUGUCGGAAGCAGACGACAAUCUGCAGACAGUCUUCAUAUCCGACUACAACAAAUACACCUCCAAGGAGUUGCACGACCAGGAACGCUCUGCAAACAUCGACUUUGCCUGCGCCGACUCCAUCCUGCUGAACGGGGUGGGUUCGCAGUACUGCUUGUCUCGCGAUGAAUUGACUGCCUAUACCAAUCCCAAAGUCGCCCCCCUACUUGCUGCCGUCAAUCCAUCUCAAAUUACCGACAAGGGGUGCCUUCCUCCUAAUUUACCGGCGACCCAAGGGAACUUCACUUUCAACAUUGACUCGCUCCCAUCUGACUCGUACUUCGACUGCACUCCUUCCAACGGUCCGAUGGCCACCUUCGACGUGGAUCCAGCUAAGGGCUGGGCAGCCUUGACUUUCAUCAAUCCGGGUGGUCUUGAACUCCUCAAGUUCACCAUCGACGGGCACAAGAUGUGGGUGUAUGCCGUCGACGGUGGAUACGUGGUACCUCAACUCGUGGACCAGGUUAGCGUCAAUAACGGCGACCGCUACUCGGUUCUCAUCGAGCUUAACCAGACCCCAGCUCAGUAUUCGAUCCGCGUUGCCAACAACGGUCUGAACCAGGUCAUCAGCGGCUUUGGCAUCCUCAACUAUAAGGGCUCAUAUGGCCCUGCCAGCGAAGACCCUAACGCUUUAUCCGGCAUGAACUUUGCAGGUGCCAACUUGACCACGCUGGUGCCCUUCAACGAUAACAAGGCCGCCCCUUACCCACCAUCUCCUCCUGCGGCCACACCCGACGUGACCUACAAGUUCAACAUCAAGAAGCUCGGCCAGCCUUACGGGGCGUAUGACUGGACUCUCAGCGGGAUUGACGCCUUCAACGCCACGCUAGAAGACGUCGACCCUCUCCUAUAUCAGGACCCGGCCACUAUCGAAUCGACGGAUCUCGCACUUAAGACCAAGUUGGGCCAGUGGGUGGACCUGAUCGUGCAGACCGAAGGACCUCUCGCCCAGCCUCACCCUAUGCACAAGCACUCCAACAAGGCCUACGUGUUGGGCAAGGGCACAGGCACCUUCAACUGGAGCAGUGUUGCGGAAGCGGCAGCCGUUCUUCCACCCGAAACCUUCAACUUUGCCAACCCUCCUCUACGCGAUGGGUACACCACAACGCCUGCCGAACAGAAUAGCACGUGGAUGGCUCUGCGUUACGAGGUUGUCAACCCAGGCGCGUUCCUAUUCCACUGCCACGUCCAGACUCACGCGGCCGGCGGCAUGGCUGUCGCACUGCUCGACGGCGUUGACAAGUGGCCCAAGAUUCCGUCCGAGUACGCCGACGGCAACGGCAUCAAAUACUCCAAGUUGAAGAAGAAGGGCAAGCUGCACCCCAAGGAUUAA